UUGAAAAUCUAACCCUUGAUGUAUUUCUAAGUAUCGGUAAAAAUAUUAAGCCAGUGAUUUAAGUAGACGAAUACAUGAUGAGGUAUAUGACCAAAGAGGAUUUAAAAAGAAUUCAUCAUGUCAUAGAAUGUCAACUUUUAUCGAGGUUGUUGGACACACAUUUUCAUGACGGGAUGACGGAAGAGAUAAGAAGACUGUUAAAUAGUUUGUUUUGUAUUGUGCAGUGUGUUUUUAUUGUCAGUAAAGCGUCAACUCCUAUAAUAAUAGUCGGUAAAAACGAAUAUAAUCCAGAUUAUGCAUCCAAACUUGUAAUUGACACACGAAUAUCUGCAAGUGCAACUGUUCUCAAAGUUUACUGGACACGGAACUCAAGCGGAAUCAUAACAACAAUUGAACAUGGUUUCUCUGGCACAGAUGGGAUAACGGUAGAUAAUCCUUCGUUGACUCUUUUAUAUAUUACGGAUCUUGAUAAUGGACUAUAUACAUGUACUGCGGAAAGUUACAGAGGAAUUGGGUUCAGCAAGACUGUCAACGUGACUGUAAAUGGUGGAGUUCCAUAUGUAAAUGCUGUCAAUACAACUUACUCGGUGUUGUAUGGAAACCGUGUAGUACUAAAAUGCGAAAUCACAUCUCUUCCUGGACUGAUUUUUGUUGCAUGGCAAAAGGAAAACAAUGGCUUUGUAACAGUUAUUAAUUCCGGGGCAGUAGGAACAAAAGGAAUACGUAAAUCUGACCCGUCACUAAUCAUUCCUACUACAAGUUUCUACGACUCGGGUAACUACACCUGCUUUGGAUGUAAUAGUGCUGGUAUAGGAAAGAGCAAUCCCAUUUCCUUAAGGAUUUAUGGUGAAGUUCCUUCUGUUAUUACACCAAGCUUGAAAUAUAAUGUAGAAUACGGAGGUGAAGUGACACUCCAAUGUUUUGUCAAAUCACGUGUAACAUUAAAAAACAUAUACUGGGAAAAGUCCUCAAAUGGAUUAAUAAAAGUAAUUAACCAACAAGACACAGGCACCAGAGGAGUUUCGUUAUCAAACCCUUCUUUGACUAUAGUAAAGGUCACACUGGCUGAUAUCGGCGAGUAUACAUGCAUUGCCAGUAAUGCAGUUGGCACUGUCGGGAGUGAUAAAAUAAGUUUGAUAACUAAAGGAGGUUUGCCACAAGUGACUGUUGGCGCCAUUGCUUAUGAAGUUGUUUACGGAAAUAGAAUUACAUUACAAUGUUCAGUGAGCAGUGACCCUGAAGCAAAUCUAGUGUAUUGGCAAAAAACAGUGAAUGGUGUUUUAUCAACACUGAGUCACAAUGCUUUUGGUACAAAUGGAAUGACUCCAAAUAAUCCAUCUCUUACAAUAGAAUCUGCAACAAUGUAUGACUCCGGAGCUUAUCUGUGUUCGGCUGCCAAUACAGUUGGGACCAGUUCAAGUCAAUGGACUAUAUUAUCAGUCACAGGAGCUUUACCUGUGGUAACAACUGAAUUACCAACUUAUGUUGUUGAAUAUGGGGAGAAUAUUACUUUACCUUGUUCAGUUUUAUCUACCCCUCUUCAAACGAAUGUAUACUGGGAGAAAACUGUCGACGACAGAGAUAUCUUUAUUUAUAGUGGAACUCCAGGAACAUAUGGAAUCAGUCUGAACAGUCCAUCAUUAACGAUUGAUUCCGUUGUCGAAUCAGACAAUGGGAAUUAUACAUGCAUAGCCAUUAAUUUUCUAGGGAUCACACAAAGCAUGGCGUCAUCGUUAACUGUUCUUGGUGAGUCUCCUGAAGUGUCUAUAAAUAAAGAAAACUAUACAGUAAACACUGGUUCCUCUGCACUUCUUCAAUGUGAUAUACAAUCAAAUAUGCCAUACCAUCACAUUUAUUGGAAACGAUAUAUAAAUGGAACUACAACAAUGCUUCUUCCUGGAAUGAUAGGUAUCAGUGGUGUAACAACGGAAGAUCCAUUUCUUGGGAUUGAUGAGGUAGAUUUGUCAAUGGCAGGAGAAUAUUCCUGUUACGCUGUAAACAAAGUUGGAACAGGACAAAGCCGUCCAGUUGUACUCAUUGUUACAGCUACUGAUAACUCUACUGACAGUCCAGAUUAUCCAGACGAAUCUAAACCAAACAUGUUAUCAGUUAUACUCAGUGUUACUAUUGGUGUCUGUGUUACAGUAUUCCUUGCUUUAAUGAUAAUUUGUUUCCGGAAACAACUUAGGAACCAACUUGGACGCAGACAAUUAUUGUCCGUGGAAAACAAUCAUGCAAAUUAAUUGAUCGUCACAAAAUAGAACAUGAAGAAUGGAUGCAAAGAAAUUAAAAUAUAAGUUUCAAUUCAUUUAAAAAUGUAGUAUGUAAAUUGUUUUAGUUUAGGAAAAAGACUAGACAAUGAAUAUAUGGUGUACUUUAAUUU